GGGGGGCGCGGGGCAGUGCCCGGGGGCGACCGGCAGCACCAUGCUCCGCCUGGGCAGACUGCUGCGGCUCCUGACUCUGGUGAAGUUGCCCUGCUGCCUGCUGGAGUUCCUGCUCUCCGAGGCGGCCCUGGGGCAGGAGAUGUACGCGCCGCACUCCAUCCGGCUGGAGGGGGACAUCACGCUGGGGGGGCUCUUCCCUGUCCACGCCAAAGGUCCCCCGGGCGUGCCCUGCGGGGACAUUAAGAAAGAGAACGGCAUCCACAGGCUGGAAGCGAUGCUCUACGCCCUGGACCAGAUCAACAGCGACCCGGAGCUGCUGCCCAAUGUCACGCUGGGCGCUCGCAUCCUGGACACCUGCUCCCGAGACACCUACGCGCUGGAGCAGUCGCUCACCUUCGUGCAGGCGCUCAUCCAGAAGGACACCUCCGACGUGAGGUGCACCAACGGGGAGCCGCCCGUCUUCGUCAAGCCGGAGAAAGUAGUUGGAGUGAUCGGGGCGUCGGGAAGUUCCGUGUCUAUUAUGGUGGCCAACAUCCUCCGGCUCUUCCAGAUCCCACAAAUCAGUUAUGCCUCAACUGCACCAGAGUUGAGUGAUGACAGGCGCUAUGAUUUCUUCUCACGUGUGGUUCCUCCAGAUUCCUUCCAAGCGCAAGCAAUGGUGGACAUUGUGAAAGCUUUGGGAUGGAAUUAUGUGUCCACUUUGGCAUCUGAAGGGAAUUAUGGAGAAAAAGGAGUCGAGUCCUUCAUGCAAAUUUCCAGAGAGGCAGGUGGGCUCUGCAUCGCUCAGUCCCUGAAAAUCCCACAGGAUCGCAAGGACAAGACCAUCGACUUCGAUAAAAUCAUCAAGCAGCUCUUAGAAACUCCCAAUGCCAGGGCCAUCGUUAUUUUUGCCAACGACGAGGACAUAAAGCAAAUCCUGGCAGCUGCCAAGAGGGCUGACCAAGUGGGGCACUUCCUAUGGGUGGGCUCGGACACGUGGGGCUCCAAGGUGAGCCCAUUGCUGCAGCAGGAGGAUGUGGCUGAGGGGGCCAUCACCAUCCUGCCCAAGCGAGCGACCAUCGAGGGGUUCGAUGCCUACUUCACCUCCCGCACCCUGGAGAACAACAGGAGGAAUGUGUGGUUUGCUGAGUACUGGGAGGAGAACUUCAACUGCAAGCUAACCAUCAGCGGGUCCAAGAAGGAGGAUACAGACCGCAAAUGCACAGGGCAGGAGCGCAUCGGCAAGGACUCCCACUACGAGCAGGAGGGGAAGGUGCAGUUUGUGAUCGAUGCUGUGUACGCCAUGGCACACGCACUGCACCACAUGAGCAAGGAUCUGUGUGCUGACUACGCCGGGGUCUGCCCUGAGAUGGAGCACGCGGGCGGCAAGAAGCUGCUCAAGUACAUCCGCAGCGUUAACUUCAACGGUGAUGCUUUGGUUUUAGAAUUUCACUAGAGUUUGUGGCAGAAGACCGAGUCUAUUUAGCGUCCGAAAGCAUCCUGCUUCAGCUGAGGUAGAUAGGCUUCUGCAAAGACAGAAAUUGCUGCUGCUGUUCUAGGAUGUCUUCCCAAAGCCUGUGAUUUCCUGUGGGAGAAAUAGCCGAGUAAAUGCCCAAGUUUUUCUUCAUCUUAAUAUGUCUGUCCCCAUUUGUGUUCUUUCCUGUAUUUGGAGCAAGCUAACUGGAAGAAAUUCUGGUAUCUUACCUGACUUUGCUCAGCACUCAGAAGAAGAGAGGACAGCUAAAGAGCCAGGUCCAUUUGCAGAAUCACAUCUAUAAUGUAGACAGAGUAAUUACCCCAACCUCUACUCCCCCAGUAGGUAUUUAGAGGAGUUGUAAUAUCAUAGGAAUGGGGAUGGGAUGACUUUAUCCUUUUGUGUGCUUAUUGUUAAUCUACCAGCUUUUUACCAGUGGAUGGUAACAGCUGCAAUACCAACCCUGUGUUUCAUACAACACGAUGGGCUUUCACAUAUCUUUAUUUGCACUGCACUGUAUGAAUUAGACCUGAAUAUUAGGAAUAUUUCUCUGCCUCUGUACGUUUUACUGUAAUCUUAUUACAGUUUCAUUAACCAACACUCGCCUGCAACUAGAGGGGGACCAGAGCUGAUUGCUUGCAGGGGUAGCAUUACAGCAACCUAAUGUUAUUUCCUCUUCGUAAACAUUGCUAAUGUGUGUACCAGGAGGUCUGACUGCUCUGCCCUAUCUCUGAAUAAGAUAAAAGAUCUGAGGCUUAACCAGGAGCCAUUUUAAUAGAGCUGAGAAAUAAUUUGAGAGACUGGGUGCCUAAUGCCUAGCUUCCAGAGUUGUUGCAUGCUAACUUUAGUUUCCUUCUUUGUGUUUUCUUGGUCAGUCCUUUAAAAGAUGACUUUUCUUCCUCCACUUGUGAUUGAUUUACAUGACCAUGUGGUGUUUUUCUUUGUUUGCAUACAUGUAAGUGGCAUCCAGCACAGGGGCUUGAAGUUGCAGUUUGCUUUAUUACUGGGGGAAGGAGGAUGGUGACCAAGUGAAGAGAGGUUUAAAACCUUUAAACUGCUCACGGCUAUUUAGCCUUGGACAUUUCCAAUGGGAAAAGAACCAGUUCCUGUAAGGGUUUUUAUCUGAGGGUGGAAUUCAGCUUCUCGUUGUGCUCAUAGUGCAGAACUGCGCAUGGGUUUGCACAGCCGUGCUCAGCAUUCAGCUGCAGCCCUCCUGGGGGAGGUUCCUGUGGAUGUGGAGACAGGUUCUGCAGAGCUUGCUUUUUUCUGUGCUGUAUAAAAGUAAAUUCCCAAAAUUGCAGUCAAUUCAUUCAGCCAACCCAGGAUCAACAGCUGCCAUAUAACGCACUGAGUGGCCAGCCUGCAAACGCAGGUGGAUGUGGGAACAGAAGCAAAGAGAGAGCACUUGUGGGCCUGGGUUGUGUAGUGCUGUUGUGGUAAGGCCUGGGAGCCCUGGGGACAGCAGUGCUGGUGCCCACGUCUGCCUUGGCAUCACGCUGUGGUGGGGCUGCUGGGUUUGCUUCAGCGAUGUUAUCCUAGCCCUUACCCUGCCCUUCUCUAGGUCGCUGGCGCAGCCAUGCAAUUCUUUUCAUCAGAGGUAGGGCUUGGAAAACAACAUUUGGUCUGUGCUUAAACCCUUGUUCUACCAGUUCUCUACCUAAACUUGUAGUAGAAACAGAGCAGAGCAGUGGGGGUGCUUUGCCUGAACCCUGAGCUGGAGAGAAAAAAUGCACGGGCCCAUCCUGAGCCCAUGAGCUGGAGAUCUCUGUGCAUGUAAUGGCUCUCUCUGCCACGAUGAAGCUGGAGCCAUCUCGCCUGUAACUGCUUCUAAAGCCCUUUCUUCCCUGCAAAGGUAAUGACAUUCACGCAGAAGGAGCACAAGCAACGUUUUAAUGAAGAGCGACUGGAUUUGUACGAGGAUCUCAGUGUGAAUUUUGAUAUUGUCACAUUAUCUUUAGAACAGAAAGCCUCCAAAUACAGAAAACUUAAAACUCCAAGUGCUCGUGCAGUAGGAUUCUGAAAAUCCUAUGGUGCAGAGUGGAGGUUGUAUUUUUCCCCAGUGAAAAAGCUGAAGGCUUUGUUCAUCCGAGCCCUUCAGGUCCUCAAACUGCAGUCAGCGUGGAUGGAAUAAUAAAGAAACACCUUGGCUAGGCACACCUGCCUACCAUCCUGUCCUCCUCCUAUUAAUUCAUUUCCCAUCUUGUGGUGAUUAAGGGAUUGAAAUUCUACAAAUUCAGUCAGAUUGCAUCUUCUCUUGAAUGCAUCCUGCAGGUGAAUGGGUGUCAUGUGCUCUCCAUCUGUGUGGUGAAAGGACAGCUUAUUUGUUGGGAGCUGAAGAUGAAUUAAAUUGUCAUAGCCUCUGAAUGAGCAAGGAGCUGCAGCCUGCAGGCUACUGCUCAGUUUCUGAAGUGCUUGCCUAAGCUGUAGCAAAAUGGUAUGAAUCUCAGCAGAAGGAAAAUAAAUCCUAAAUUAUAUUAAAAAGAAAAAAAAAGUGAAAGCUCAUCAACCAAAUAUUGUA